AUGCGGCUGCUCUCAGUUUCUAGCCUCUUUCUCUUUGGAUUGGCAGCGGUCGUCACCGCCACCCCAGACACACUUCAAGACGGAGAUGACCUGAACUCGGGUUACAACGGAGAGCAUCACCUCGACCCUAACUUUGUCACAAGUGACAGAUUUGGAGUGGAAUGGACCUUUAGGCCCGAGCUCGACUAUGGAUUUGAACGGUUCAUGGCCAAACCCCUCGUUUACACGGCGAGGAAUGGCAGGAAGGUCUUGAUUGCCGCUGCCUCUAGCAACACCAUCUACGUCCUUGACGCUAGGACAGGCGAGGUCAUCAAUAAGCGGCAACUUCGCCAGCCAUACGAAGAGCCCGCUUUGCCAUGUGGAGACCUUCAGCCUCAUAAUGGAAUCCUUGGCACUCCCGUUAUUGACCGCAAGACUGGGACAUUGUACGUCUUCGCAAAGGGGUAUAGAGACGACAAUCCCGCCGGGCCUUUCAGUUCCGUUUUCUGGGCCCAUGCUGUCGACGCUAUUACUUUGGAAGAGCGACCCGGUUUCCCUACUCUCAUUGAUGGUCCUGCUUCGAACGACCCGCAAAGAUACUUCGUCGGUGGAAUUCAUCUCCAACGACCCUCCUUGAAACUCCACAACGGCGUCGUCUACGGUGCCUUUGGAAGUGGCUGCUGGAUCGCAGCCGUCAACGGACGCUCCGGUGAAGUCAUCCAACGCUUCGUAACCCAGUCUGGUCCCGAGGCACCCUCCGUUGAAGGUGGUUUCUUUGCUGGUGGUGGGGGCGGCUCAAUCUGGCAAGCUGGUACUGGCUUCUCCACGGACCGCCAGGACCGCCUCUUCGUCGCUGUCGGAGACGGCAGGGUCUUCGACCACACCUUCCCGGCUGCUGAGGGACGUGAAGUCGGGAGCAUCUUGGAGGGCACAAUCUUGAACUUGAAGGUUAACCGGGAUGGGAGCUUGACUCCUCAGGAUCAUUUCAGACUGUCAAAGUAUAGCGAGCUCGGAAGCUCGGCUAGGGAUCAAGGGUCCGGUGGGUUGACCAUCUUGGAUCCCAAGUACUUCUCGAUCCCAGGGGUAGCCAGGAAGUUGGCCAUUGCUGGUGGGCAAAGUGGUGUCUUCAACAUCUUGAACCUGGACAACCUCGGAGGAUACAGGCAAGGACCGAACGGCACGGACAACGUCAUUCAAACGAUCCCUGUACCGGGGACCAUCCCUGGCUUGAUCUACGGCAACUUCGGUAGCUAUCCUGGCGAGGGAGGAUACAUCUACGUCAAACCUGUCGGCUUGCGCUCCAUCUAUGUUUACAAGUUCAACCGCAAAGGACCUGAAUAUUUCACCCUCGUUGCAACAAGCGAAGAGCCUGCAUCGACUGCCGUGGGCAGUGGGUCUCCUGUCGUGACCACGAACAGGGGGCGACCUGGUACUGGCAUUCUGUGGGUGGCGGACAUCAACCAAGGCCUCACUGCCUAUCACGCAGUUCCUCAGAAUGGAACCCUCGUUCGCAUUCCCAUCCCUGCAGUUGGCCGACCCAAGUUCCAACGACCUGUGUUCUACGAUAGCCGAGUUUACCUUGUGACAACUGAUGGUUAUGUUGUUGCCUAUGGAAGGAAACCGAGGGACAGUGAACAACCUCGACGACAGCCGAGGUGGUGGCGCAAUUGA